AGCGGUCUCGAACAGCACCAACAUGACGGCAACGGAGCGGGGCCGGGGGGCGGCCGGCGGGAGCACAGCCACGUGCGCGCACGCACGGUACCCCCCCCCGGUUAAGCACGCGCGCACCGGAAGAGGAAGCGGGCGCAGAGGAAGUGAGCUCACCGGUAAGGGAAGCGCUGAGGCCGCCCGUGGCGCGCGCUCCUACAGGCCACGUGGCGGGAGGCGCGCGCGGCGGGCGCGCGCAGUGGGCGGGGCUGGGGCUGCCGCACGUAUAACCGUUACCCCCUGGGGCGGCCGUUUAGCGGGAGUGGCUGCACGAAGGCGGCGCGCUGGAAGUCUGGCUGUCGCGCUGUGCAAGUUUCCGCCUAUAAGCAGCGGCCUAAUGGGCUGUGCUAUGACUGCGCGGUCGAGGAGCGGUUCCGCAGACGCAGCGCUAACGCAGCUCGUGCCCUGGGGCUGUGACUUCCUUAACGAGGCGGAGCGGCGAGAGUCAGCGCGGUGUGUGCGGCCGUGCACGUGUCAGAGCCGUGCCUUUGUUCUGUAUGGGGGCAGGCAGCCGAGCGAGCGUGCGCUUUUAUUGCAGAACCGUGAAGCAAAGCCUUCAGCUGAGGACUUAGGAGAUAAGAAAGAGGGGGAAUACAUUAAACUCAAAGUCAUUGGGCAGGACAGCAGUGAAAUUCACUUCAAGGUGAAAAUGACAACACACCUCAAGAAACUCAAAGAAUCAUACUGUCAAAGACAGGGUGUUCCAAUGAACUCACUCAGGUUUCUCUUCGAGGGUCAGAGAAUUACUGAUAAUCAUACCCCCAAGGAGCUGGGGAUGGAGGAGGAAGAUGUGAUUGAAGUUUAUCAGGAACAGACGGGGGGUCACUCAACAGUUUAGAUCCUUCUGUUUGUUUUAUUUCCCCUUAAUCCUUUUUUAUUUUUAAAUAAUAGUUCUUUUGUAAUGUGGUGUUCAACACUGAAUUGAAACUGGCACCCCAUCUCUGGGAGUUUAUUUUCAAGCGUCUGGUAUUUUAAAUUCUCGUGCUCAUUAUACACUAUUGUUUCUGUUUUCAUUGUGCUGAACUUCUGUGAUCCAGCUGCAGCCCUGCUCUCCUUUUCCCUUCCGCCCUCCCCUUUAGAGAUACAUGUACACACAUGCAUUUGUAUGUUCACUAGGUUCGUGCAUUUCAGGCACGAAGGUUGUAAGAUCUGCCAGGUGGGCGAGUGUUCUUAAUGACUUCCAUAUCUGCCCUGAAGUUUUGAUGUGUGACUGUUUCACUCCUGGACUAUAACUUUCAGUGCGAGAUGAAGUUUUUCAGAACUAAACUGUGGAGAAAUCAUGUAUCCAUAACUCAGCUAUUUUGCUUAAAUUGUGCUGAUGGCCCAACGAAGAAGAUCAGAGUUUGAAAUGAAAGGCUAGAACCGUUGUCAUCUGUACCUUGCUCCAGAGAUGGCUUUGCUGAAGACAUAGAAUUGAAAACCCUAAUGAUUCUUAAAUCUUGCCAGAAGAGCCCAGAAGCAUUUUAACUUCAUAUAGCAAUUAGUACACGCAGGUAUUCAUGCAAGAAUGUUCACAGCAGGCAACUGGUGUUACUUUGACGCUCUUGUUUGUACCUUUUGGCCUGGGACAUGGGUUUUGAAUGGACAUUGUCUGUACCAGCUUCAUUUAAAAUAAACAAGAAAAACGAUUUUAUAAA